CCUUUUAUAGUGAAGAAAGAAUUGCUCAUAAAAGGGGGUCUAUAGGGAUCACAAGCUCAUUUUUUUGACUUGAAAGCUUCAAAGGAACUCCCCUACCCACCACCAUGGAUGCCCACCAAGUUUUCCACAUGACUGUAGGAGUUGGAGAAACUAGCUACGCCAAAAACUCUUCACUUCAGAAGAAGGUCUCUGAUACGGUGAAGCACAUAACCUUAGAGACCAUUCAGGACGUCUACCUCACAACAGCUCCAAAGGGCAUAACAAUAGCUGACUUGGGUUGUUCCUCCGGACACAACACACUAUCCAUCAUACGGGAAAUGGUGGAUGCUAUUGAAGCCACGAGUCGGAAACUCUUGCAACCGGCACCAGAGUACCGAGUGUACCUGAAUGAUCUUCCGGCCAACGACUUCAACACAAUCUUCAAGGCGUUGCCGGAUUUUAUUAGGGAGCUCAGGGAAGGGAGAGAAGAUGGGGGUCCAUGUAUUUACAUAGCUGGGUAUCCAGGCACCUUUUAUGGAAGGCUGUUUCCUAACAACAGCUUGCACUUCAUCCAUUCCUCCAAUAGUUUGCACUGGCUCUCUAAGGUUCCUCCAGCACUCUAUGAUAAGCAGGGCAAGUCAAUAAACAAAGGCAAUGUUUACAUAUCUGAAUCCAGCCCUUCUCAGGUGUGCGAAGCAUACUUCAGACAAUUCCAAGAGGACUUCUCACUGUUCCUCCGGUCACGAUCCGAGGAGCUGAUCAGCCGGGGAAAGAUGGUGCUGAUCUUGGUGGGACGGUGGAGUUCAAAUCAUAUUGACAGAGGCAACUCGUUCUUCUGGAAACUUUUGUCUCAAUCCUUUGCCAUUUUGGUUUCUCAGGGAGAAAUUGAGGAGGAAAAGCUUGAUUCUUAUGAUGUUCAUUUUUAUAUACCAUCCAAAGAUGAACUAGAAGAUGAAGUUAGGAGAGAGGGUUCUUUUGAAAUGGACCGGUUUGAAAUGUUUGAAUACGAGAAGGAUGUUGGGGACAAAAUGAGCUAUGGAACGGCAGUUGCAAUGACAGUUAGGGCCAUCCAAGAGUCAAUGAUUUGCCACCAUUUCGGAGAAGGAAUUGUUGAUCGUUUGUUCAAGAUCUAUGGAAGAUUAGUGGAUGAAGAGAUGGCUAAAGAAGAGAUUAGGCCCAUUACUUUUGUUGCUGUUCUUAGAAAAUUGUGACCACGAACAUGAAAAUUACCAGUGAUCAGUGGAUGGUGGAUUUGGAAUUUUAGUAGCGUGACAAAGUUGAAUUAAACAAGUAAAAAAGAAAUUGUGAAUCAAUACAAGAAUGAUUUCUGUCUUGAAUUCAUUCUUGCUCUUUGACACUUUCUGUAAAUAUUUAUGCUGAUAUGCUGGGCACUUUUAGAGUUCAAAACUACAGUUUUUUCCUGGAAGCUAAUUAACUGAGGCAGACCAGACGAUUAAUUAGGCGUGGCGAGAGAGUUCGAAACAAUACUACUUGGAAAGAUUCACAUGUUUGUUCCGAGUGUACAUGAAGGUGCAAAAGCAAUAUUAUCUAAUGACUUUGUGCUAUUCAACAAAGGAAAUGUGAAAAAAAUGGCAGACGUUGUAGGAAAGAAGAACUUGCUAUGCACUCCUCAAUAGAGUCGAAAAGGAUUAGGCGUCUCAUCUCUGAUCCUUUCUCCAAGAAUUCUUUAAUUAUCUAAGUUUGUUCAGAAACUUGAUCACAUGCUUUGUGAAAGGCUGGAGAAAUUAGAAGGUGGAAAAAGUUUUCCACUGAUCGAUUUCAAUAUGAAGGUAGGAACCUGAUGUAAGCAAAUUCAACCAUAUUUA